UGACAGCUGGUUUCUCUUGCCCCACCCCCUCUCUUUUCCCCCAAACACAGAGCAGAAAUUCACCUCUGACAACACUGCUUUCAAGCUCCGGCAGGACACAGUCCACACAGGACACAUGGCACGCAGCCCUCGGCACACCUCUGCAGGAAUAGUGCAGACAGACGCCUCCCUCUCCCUCUCCGGCAUGAAGCACCUCACCUCUGCACCCUGGGCUGCCCUGGCCCUCGGCCUGGUCUUUGCCUCCUUCCACUUGGCUUGCUUGGCAGAAGUGAGAAACAGCGACAAUGCCACCUUGACCACCCACCACCCAGACCCUGGAAACCUGGAGCAGUGCCCCAACGUGGACUUCUGCCUCCAAGUGGCUCGGUGUUGCCACACCGGAGUGGACGAAUAUGGCUGGAUCGCAGCCGCCGUGGGCUGGAGCCUGUGGUUCCUCACCCUCAUCCUGCUCUGCGUGGACAAACUGAUGAAGCUCACUCCAGAUGAGCCCAAGGAUUUGCAACCAUGAGCCCCCCCGAGAAUGUCAGUGGCCACCAAACUGUGGGUCACCGGGGGGGGGGGUGGUCAUGUGAUUUCUGCCCAGUUACAGGUGUUGUCACCUCUGUGCUUCGGGGACUUUUAAAAGAGAAGGAAGAGAGAAAGGAGGAUCCAAGGAAGGCAGGCCAGUGCUGCUUCACUCCUAAAUCCACAAGGUACUGGUGCCUUCUGAGUGCUGACAAUCUCUCUCAAUCUACGGGGCCUGCUUCGGUUUUAACCAGUGCUUUGGUCGGCGCUCCAAGGGAGGUGCACAAGAAACAUGCGACUCUGACCUUUGUCCCUACGUUCGGAGCUCAACUCAGAACCUUCUCACCCAAAACAGGUCCCUGUCUUCCAUCCCUCAUUUCAUUCAAGGGCAUCACUGGCAUCUCAAAAUGUGAGAAUCGCCUUUGACCAGCCCACCGUCCACACCCCCCACCCCGUGCAUUGCUUCUCCCGCUCUUGUUCUUUUCUUCAACAUUAUCCUUCCAUGGCCGUCCGGCCCCACCGUCCCCGCCGGCACCCCGGCUCUGGCCUUCCUCCAUCGCCCCUACAUCAUUUCAGGCAUGUUCUGUUCUCUUCUCGCAGCCGUCAGGCACGUCCUCCCCACGGGCCCCUCCCCAGAGCAGCUGCCAAUGUGGUGCUGUCGCCCCCUGCUGACGACCUUCCGUAAAGCCUCACCCCUGAACCUUGGACGGACAUGCGGCGGGCCUUCCGCUCUCCGCAGGAGUCCGACCCCCUUCCCAGGUCUGUCUCCGCGCGCCUCCGGGACCAGGGCUCCGGUGACCCAGUCCUUGCCCCGACGUCUUCCACUUCCUGCUGCCCGUCCCUCUGCUCUGCUGGGGGGUGGGGGUGGGGGGAUGCCUUCCAGCCCUGCCUCCAGAUGGAAGGCCAGCCCUCAAAGUCCAGCCCAAAUGUCUGCUCUUCUUGCAGCCUUCCCUGAUAGCCUUGGGGGACCCGAAGCUGGUGCUCUUAGGGGUGCGUCUGCUCCACCCUGAAGUGCAGCCCUCGUGAAUACACAGUGUAUACUGCCUCUUGCUCCUGGGGAUAGAAAGUUCUUCGUAAUGUUUGUCCGAUGAGUGAAUGAUAAGUGAAUGAACUAACCAACGAUCGAGUCCCUGCCCGAGAUAACUUAGGACCAUCAUUCCUCAUCCUGCACAAGGAUGUUUGCUGGUCACCGGGAACAUUGCCAGGGGUUUCAGGAGGAGAGGAGAGUGGGUUCAUCAGAAGGAAGGAAGGACCAAAUGACUCUCUUUAUGAGACAAUGCCGCCCUUUGUGGGGACACAUGUAUUUAGAUUGAACAACCAAAUAAUCAUACACAAUCAAGUGAGAGGCCCCUGAAGUAGGAAGAAGCGUUUCCUAGAGGUGGCAGAUGGCUCAGAGCUGCCCACCUGCUCUUUCAGAAAAUCUAGGUAGAUUUCCCCAACAAUGGGAACUGAGGGAAUUGCCCGGAUCAGUCCGCUGUUUCCUGAAUCUCUGUGGUUUAAUCAAUAAAAUGGAUGGAUUUAC